AUGGUUUUAUUAAAGCGCAAAUUUUGGGUCUUUACGCAAUUUGCUUGUGCAUUAAUAGUCGUAGUUCUUGUCAUUAAUUUCUUAUACGUGUCAACACCAACUUUAAAGCUACCAAUAACACAAGUGGAUCUAAAAGAUUGGAACAAUUAUGAAUUAAUACGCGAAGAUUCAUUGCGCACGGGUUUUGGAGAGCAUGGAAAAGGUGAAACGUUGACAGAUGCAAAUGAGAUUGAAGAGAACAAAAAACUGUUUGCUGAAUUCGGUAUGAAUGUUCUGAUUAGUGAUAAAAUAUCUGUGAAUCGAUCAAUUCCUGAAUAUAGACAUCAAAAGUGCUACCAAAAGAAAUAUCCAAAAGACUUGCCGAAAGUCAGUAUCAUAAUUAUAUUUGUGGAUGAAUAUUUUAGCAUUUUUAAGAGGACUUUACACAGUCUAUAUAACAGAACUCCUCAUGAAUUAAUUGAGGAAGUGAUACUUGUGAAUGAUCACAGCACCAAAGAUUUUCUUUAUGAACCUUUAAGGAUUUAUGUUCAAGAGAACUUCCCUGGCAUAAAAUUUAAUAUCAUCAACCUCAAGAAGCGUCAUGGCUUGAUGCAGGCACGAGUUGUUGGUGCUAAAGCUGCAAAAAGUGAAUUUUUAUUUAUCUCAGAACCACAUUGUGAAAUGACGUACAAUUGGCUUCCUCCACUUAUUGAACCAUUGUUAAAUCAAGAGAAAGUUGUGACAGUUCCAAUAAUAGACAAUAUUGAAUGGAAAGAAUUGAUGUACUUUGAGAAUGAUAAGGGUAAUAAAGGAUGUCGUGGUGCUUUCGAUUGGGACUUAGAAUAUAAAAAGUUGAAUCGAUUUCCAGUGGCUGAAGCAAGUGAACUUGAGCCAUUUUUGACACCAGUCAUGACCGGUGGGAUUUUUAUGAUCAGAAAGACUUAUUUCUUUGAAAUUGGUCCGUAUGAUCCAGAACUUGUCAUCUGGGGAGCUGAAAAUAUUGAAAUGAGUCUUAAAAUAAACUUAUGUGGUGGUCAGCUUCUGGAAGUUCCAUGCAGUCACAUAGCACAUAUUUAUCGUGCAUUUACAAAAGCUAGAAAACAUGAAAGUGGAAUUGACUUUGAAGGUUUCAAUAGGAAGCGUGUUGUUGAGGUGUGGUUUGAUGACUAUAAGCAGCAUGUUUAUGAACGUCAUAAGAGACGCUAUGAAAACAUUGACGUUGGUGAUCUUACAGAAGCCAAGAAGUUUAGAAAAAAACUUAAAUGCAAAUCAUUUGACUACUUCCUUAAAAAUGUAGCACCAGAUUUACUUGUGAAUUUCCCAUUGGAUCAAUAUCCAUUUGCUUAUGGACAAAUUCAGCUUCUGGAUGAAAAUGUCUGCCUGGAAAUAUUAUUUGAAGGAGAUCCAAAUAAAAACUAUGAAGUCAUCCUUAAUGAAUGCUCAAAACCUCCAGUUGAUACUCAAUAUUUAGAAUUGAGCUGGUAUCGGGACAUCCGACUAAGAGAAAUCGACGGCUGCCUGGAUGCAUAUAAACUUUCAUCAUCAUCAUGUCACUUAUCCGGUGGCAAUCAGCAUUUCAAGUACGACAUAAAGUCAAAACAAAUAAUGAAUAUGGCAAAUAAACAGUGCAUUGAGGCAAAUCUUGAAGAUUUAAGUUUGAAGUUUGCUAAAUGUGAUGAAAGUUUGAAGCAACAGAAGUGGAUAUUCAACGAGUUUGUAAAUGAAACAGCAAUAAGCAAUUGGAGUCGUUUUGGAAGGUCAUUUCAGGGGGAUGGAGUUUAUUGGAAUUAAAUUGAAUUCCAGACAGAAGAGUUUUGGACAAAAUUUUGUUAAUUUAAUAGAAUAAAAAAAAUUUAUUACUGUUUUGA